CGCCAUCGCCAAUUUAUCGCCGCUGUGACGCAGAAUUUGUCUGUAAAACCUUGUAAAAUAGGUGUAAUUUCGCGUUCUAAAGCCCGUUUAUUGCGGUGAAAAGUGGAUAAUAAGUGGCGCUACACCGGUGUCCACGCAAGUAAUGCCAAGAGCAGCCAGUAAACAAACUCUGUCGAUGCGCGAAAUGGCUGACUUGGAUGCAGUGCACCUGGGCCUGGACGAGAACGAAGCGGACAUCGCCGAGGAGCUCCAGGACUUUGAGUUCAACACAAGGAGUGAGGCUUCCGAGUCCAAUGCAGGGGAUUCCUCGGACUCGGAACCGAGCAUCAGUUCGGUCAGCACCGCCACUUCCUCGUUGGUGGGCAGUAGCAAGCGGAAGACGACCAAGAAGCAGUCGAAGGAGAGUCCUCAACCCGCGGUGGUGGCCAAACCGUCUUCCAAGGCGUCAUCCAAAAGCAAAGGCAAACGGGAGCCCACUCCCGAGGAGCUGAAUGGUGGCAAGAAAAAGAAGCGCACUGGCAGUGAAUCCAAGAAGGCUUCUGCCUCCUCCGAGUCCUCCUCCGAUAAGGUGAAGGCCAAAUCCCCGCCAGCCGAGGAACGCCAACCGCCGGCAAAGAAGUCGCGGGCGAGCAAGAAAACCAACUCCAAUGCCAACGAUUCCGGCGGCCACAAGAGUGAUCUUAGCGAGGCCGAGGAUGAGAAACCAGCUCUUCCCGCCCUGGAGUCAGAUAGCGAGUCCUCCGACUCGGAUUCGGGCACACAGCAUAAAAGAAACGGAGGAAAUGGAGGCGGCGGUGGCAAUGGUCGCGGGAAGCCCAGUUCUAAGAGCUCCACGCCGGAGAAGGAUUCUGUUGGUCAGUCACACUCGCAGAAGGGCUACGACUACAUGACCAAGCUGAACUAUCUGUUCCGCGACACGCGAUUCUUUCUCAUCAAGUCCAACAACAGCGACAACGUCCAGCUGUCCAAAAGCAAGAGCGUGUGGGCCACUCUGCCGCAAAACGACGCCAAUCUUAACCAGGCCUUCAAAGAGGCCAGAAAUGUGCUGCUUAUCUUCUCAGUUAAUGAGAGUGGUAAAUUUGCAGGUUUUGCCCGGAUGUCGGCCCCCUCCCGACGGGACAUCCCCCAGGUGGCCUGGGUGCUCCCGCCGAGCAUUUCGCCCAAGGCGCUGGGCGGCGUCAUCGAGCUGGACUGGAUUUGCCGCAAGGAGCUGUCCUUCAACGCCACCCUGCAUCUGCACAACACCUGGAACGAGGGCAAGCCGGUGAAGAUCGGUCGCGACGGCCAGGAGAUUGAGCCCAAGAUCGGUGGCGAACUCUGCCGCCUCUUUCCCGAGGAUGAGCAGAUCGAACUCACACCAAUACUCAAGAAAUCCAAGGAAACGGCCCGCGUGAUGCGGGAAAAGGGCAUCCAUGUGAUCUACAAGCCGCCGAGGAGUCUGUCCUCCAGGGGACAUGGCGGCGGAGGAGGAGGAGGAGGCGGCGGCGGACGUGGUGGAGGCCGGGGCGCCAGUCACGACCACCUGGGUCCGAUGCGUCACAAGCGGAGCUACCACGGACCAACGCACCAUCGGCCGUAUCGUCAUCAUCAUGGCAUGGGCCUUCCGCCGGGCGGUGGCUUCAAGCGCAGCGGUUCUCCCUACCGCCAGAUGGUCAGUGGAGCAGGUGGAGCACCACCAGGCGGACCCGGCGACAUGGCCAUGCCAUCGUGGGAGCGCUACAUGUCGUCGGCUGCAGCCGCUGAGGCUUACGUGGCGGACUACAUGCGCAACAUGCACGGCCAGUUGCCGCCGUUGCCCUUUGUUCCUCCAUUUGCCCAGCUGCCCAUGCCGGGAGCUGGUGGCGCGGGAGCGGCUGGUGCCCUGCCACCGGGAGCAGCGGCCGCCAUGUACGAGCAACUGCCGCCACCGGUGCGGUACUACGAUGGACCGGGUGCACCGCCCCUGCCAGAUUAUCCGCCUCCCCAGCGGCCGCCACCGCCGGGCUUCGAUAAGGCGCCCAGUUACGAGGAGUUUGCCGCCUGGAAGAACGCCGGCCUGCCCACAGUGCCACCGCCGGGCUUUCCCGUCUACGGCGGUCCGGCCAAUGGCGGUAGCAAUGGAGGAGCAGGUGGAGCAGCUGGAUCCCAGGCGGCAGCGCAAGGCGGAAGCAUGGGAGGAGGUGGAGGAUCCGCCGGCGGCAUGGGUGGACCCGGUGGCUAUCGCAAUCGGGACGGAAACAAUGGAUCCGCGGGCGCUCGUCGACGGGAGUACGGGAAUCGCAGUGGAACUUCGCGGGAUUCGCGACCGUAUCGUGAACGUGGCGGAGGCGGUGGCCAACGAAGCUAUCGGGACAACAGGCGCUAGGCUUGAGAUCGUGCUCCUGCUGGCAAUCGCUAGAAUCAGAAUCGGAAAGUGUAAUCCUAAUCCUCUCGCGUGUGUGAAAAUAUUGAAUGCGUUUACGGUAUAAGCGAAAAAGUUAAAGUAUGAUAAAACCGCUGCAAAAUCCUAGACCUAUAUGAAAACCGGCUAUCGUCUAGAGUCGAUACAACAACUCUCUGUCCCAAUCUUUCUCUAUCCCGCUCACCUCAAAACACCCCCACCACCCACAACACUAUGAUUUAAACAUAAACUUACGACUUAAGCAAAUUUCAAAAUAAUUAAAUAUUUUAAACCACAUAAAAAAAAAUACAAAAUGAAAGAGAGAAAAUGUGAACUUUAUUUACCCAAAACCAAAACCAAAAAGAAAUAUCCAAAGAGCGAGAGAAAGAGACUUUAAAGAGACGACCAACCAACAACACAAUGAACGAACUUAAGUUAACAUGAGAUCAGUGAUCAAAAUCAGUGAUGUGUGUAUCGUGUGUGCCAAACCCCAAACACAAAGCCCCUCAUAUUCUCCAACACCCCCCAAAAGCCCUUAAAGUUCCAAAACGAGAGUUGGACAAGCAGCAAAAGCAGCCCAAAAUCAAUGACUUUCAAAGACCUAAAUAGAGCCUGGCUCUAAAUGGGGAUUAUGAGUAAUAAUCUCACUGCUACCUACCUUCAGAGACGAGGGUCCAGUCGUUUCGAUCCGAUCUAUAAGCUUCCUUAUACGUAGUGUAUAAAACUAAUGCAAUCAUUUUUAACACACUUACAUGUCUUGCCGACAGAAGACCAUAUUUAUAUAUGUACAGCUGCGCUUAAAAUAAUAGUAGUGGGACAAUGUAAAGUGCUCAAAGUCAUAGAACAACUUUCUUUUAGUUUUUCAUAAUGAUUACUUACUUAAUAAAAAUGCAAUUUUAGUUGAAACUGUUAUUAAAUCCUUAAAAAUCACUUUUCAAUAGAAAAUGAUUUUAUACCAAUUUAAGAAAAUCCUUGCUUAUGUACACUUUUCUAUUGGUAAAGAAGUUUUUAAUAUAUAAUUUAUUUUUUAGGUUAACAAUUUUAAAAACAUUUUUUUUCAAUAUUUUAAUAUUUUACCUUUUUCUUGUUAAUGCGUAUUUUUAUAUUUGUCCCAUUUAGUUUAAAGUACUAGCUUCACGAAAAUGUUAUAUAUAAAAGAUUUUCCAUAUUUGCUUCCAAACUAUUUUCGAUGCUAUUUCCAUAAGCUAAAAAACUACUAUUAUUUUGAGCGCAACUGUGUAUCCCAGAAACAGACACACAUCCGCCUACAUUUUGGCCCGGAGUUCGAUCUCUGGCUUCCUUUGGCCCUAUAGAAAUCCAAACCGUAGCAAAUCGAACUGUUUGACCCACUGUAGUUGGUCACCGAAUUCCCCACCAUCGAUUCCACUCAAUGACUGCCACAUUUUCACGCUUUUCACGGAGCUUUGACCGCCGACAAACACUCAAACACUUUGCCGGACCGACCUAGGGAGUUUGUUCUGUUUCUUUGCAGGAUCUGGACAUCUCUUUGGACACCGAAUGCAGUUGGAAAGCUCCUCAUUACAAAAAGGAUUAGGAGAGAGACUUUUAUAAGGACAGAUGUCAAAUAAAAACUCAAGACUGAUUUAAAAUAUAA